GGCAGCAAGCGCUCGUUCAUGUCGAAUUAUUUCUCGGAGUUGCAGACGAGGACCGGAAUCCGACAACAGACCGGUGGAAUGAACGCGAUUGCGGUGCAACGAACGCGAAUGCGGUGCGUGGCACGUGAAGGAGCCUUCGAAGGUGACGACCGCGCGCAACAUGCUUCCCGCCCAGAGCAUGGCGACUACCCAGUUCUUACCCCUCCGGCCGACUUGUCCACCGCCCCUCCAGCCGACUUGUACACCGCCCCUCCAGCCGACUUGUCCUUCGCCCCUCGCUUCGCGCAAAUUUCGUGUAUGCGGCCGCCUCCACCGCUGCCACCUCGAUGGCGCCGAGUCGUGAGCUCCAGACGCGGAUGCCGU